AUGGCUGCCCGUGAUAUGGGCAGUGACUUCCAGCUCUUCUCCCCCGCCCAAUCGCGGGGUAGGAAGAGCUCUCAGGGCGAUUCAGGGACAGAUGAUGCCGGUCAGGAUUGGACGGAGUGGAUGAGAUGGGAUGACCAGGCAUUUUCUGAUGCGGUCAAAUCCCUGCCUCUAUCUCCGUCUGUUACAUCGCCACAAUUUGAUGCAAGGAAUAAGAACAUUGAUAUCUUCCCAACUGGCGACUUUUCUCCCGACAUUCCCCUCGACUGCACGAACCCGUUCGAUCCAUUCCUGAAGCAGGAUAAUAGCGGCGUUAUCCCGGCACAGACCUUCUUCAAGGACGGCACGGACAACUUUUCGGCGAACUCUGUCGUCUCAGGAUCUCCUCUAUCGACAGCUGUCGGCCAGAAGCGAAAGUCCGGAAGUGAUGACGACGGAUCGACGGUUGGCAGCAUGGUCCAGGGGCCCAAGAAGGUUCCGUCAAAGAAGCGAGCACACAAUGUUAUUGAAAAACGCUAUCGUGCGAAUCUUAACGAUAAAAUAGCAGAACUUCGGGAUAGUGUUCCCAGCCUUCGCCCAACCAAGGGCAGCGGAGGUGUUGUUGACGACGACGAUGGGGAGGGCGCUACACCAGCAAACAAACUGAACAAAGCUUCCAUCUUAUCUAAGGCGACAGAUUAUAUCAAACAUUUGGAAACCCGCAACAAACGCCUCGAAGACGAGAACACUGCAUUGAAGAACAGACUUCGCGAGUUGGAAAAGGCAGCAGACCAGACCGUAACUUCCGCAGCAUCUGUGUCAUCACCUAGCAACUAUACUGUCUCCACCGAGUCUGGAAAUAGCUCAUCUCCUAGUAUCUUCUCGAAUGCAGAAGACAGCCCGACUGAACACUCCCCUCCUUCAUCGUCUCGCCCAGGGGUGGGCAUGAUCAAAAUGCCGGAUUCCUUCAAGCGUAUGCGAACCGAACAGACGAAGAACGACCUUUGGUCGCAGUCUUAUAUGCAACCAACAUCUAAUAGCGGGUCAUCGCACUCUGGAAAUUCCCGUCGAGGUUCACAUUAUCCCAAUAAAUACGUUCUUGGGACUCUUGCAGGACUGAUGGUUUUUGAGGGUCUUGGCAAGGAGAAGGAGACCGACUCAACUGCCAAGGGCUUACUGGCACUUCCUUUGAAUUACUUCAAGAGACUUCAAAUUCCGCCUUCUCUCUACUGGGAGACGAUGGGUCCCAACUUCUGGUCAUCCUGGCAUGCUAGGGCCAUUCUACACUUCCUAUUCCUUGCUACUCUUGUUGUCGGUUCGGCGUUCGUUGUGUUCGUUUACCUUUUCAACUCAGGUCCUGGUCGACAAAGCUCGUCCAAGGUGUCUACACCGGAAGUCAUGCUGUCUUCCUCGAACUUCCGGCGCCAAGCGUGGCUUACCAGUGUGCAACGAGUUGGUGUACCGAGACAUCGGUUUUUCCACGAAUGGUACGUCGUGACUUCACGAUGUUUCGAAUAUGUUAUCCGGUGUAUUCUGGGAUGGAAGCUCUAUUCAUCGAUUACUGGUAUCACCGCGGAAGACGAGAAAGGACGCGUAAAGACUUGGGACAUCGCAAUUGACGCUCAACUUUCUGGCGGUGAUGCUGAGAUUAGCAAGAGCCGACUGGUACUCACGAUCUUUGCCGCCGGCACUCUUCCUCGGAGCCCCAUGAGGAUGAUGCUUAAGGCGCUCCAUUGUCGCGUCUUACUUUGGAGAGUCGGAGUACCAGGUCAAUGGAGCUACCGGGUAUCUAAUGAUGUUGCGCGUUCUCUUGCGAGAUAUCAAUGGGACUUGGCGCGGCGGAAGGAUGCAACACUGCCAAAAGACCACGAAGAUGCUCUCCCCCCGCACCUCAAAGCUCUACUUGGAUGCGAGAGCGAUGACGUCAUGUUGGAUAGCAUUACCCAAAGAGCCGCCAACCUGACUUGGAAUAGCCCUACUCAGGAGGGGUCCGACGGCGAUGAUGCUUUCUUGGACGUAGUGGAAGAGGACCCCGCUAUCCAGUCAUCUUUGGACGCCCUGGCGGCGUGGUGGUCGUCCCAUUUGCUACAGCGGGCUUUGCUUCAGUAUUUCGAGGCUAGUGCACGCGGGCCAGAUACAAAGAAGUGCCGUGAUAUGUUCAAGUCCAAGAUUCAGCUUGCCCUUGACGUGGCACCACAGCCUUCCGCAGCUCAUACCCGUGCUCUCGUAAUGAUGGCUGUGUUCUUUGAACGAGACCGGAUCAAGAACAUUGGGGCCGUCCUGUCGGCGCUGCCAAAGGAAAAAUGCAAGAGCAAGCAGAACCAGGCGUUUAACUUUCUGGAUUCUUCUCUCCCGGUGUCCGUCCGGGAAGAAAUAUCCAUUGCAGUUCGCUGCGCCAUGAUUGCUGCUAUCUUCACCGCGCGAUCGCGUGAUGACUGUUCACUGCCCGAGUCGUUCACCAUGGAGAAAGCUGUUACCUGGUUUAGCCAGUUACCGCUUGACCCUGUUGACUUGACUCUUCUUGGUUUCUCCGCUGUUUACCACCUACUGCACGUUCUUGCUUCGGACACGGGCUACCUAUCGUCCUCAGAUUCGUCACGACCGUCGUCACCGGCGCUUAAGGACUCUUCGUCUCCAUGGGAUUCCUCGGAUGACCAGGCCGAGGAUGAAGCGGAUGACAAACCAACUAUCACAUACAAGAAGAAUAUGCCCCCUCAGCCCGUCCCGCUCCUAGGUCGUGUUGCAUCAGAGCUUAUGUACUGGGCCAAGAACGCCUACAACCCGGCAUUCUACGGAUUUACUUCCGACCUAGUUCAAGUCAUCGAAGAGGAAUGCACUUCUCUUUGCCGAGGCGCCGGGGUUGAUGUCGCUGAUUAUUCUCAUCUCCACCGAGAGCGGUUAAAGGCAAGUCAGCGCAAAGGCAGGAGAAAGAGGAAUCUUGGGACAGGUAAUACUCUGGGAAAGGCGUUUAUGGAUGUUACCGGAAUCCCUUGCGAUAUCUUCGCUCUACUGCAAUCACAGGAUUUGCUUUGUAUGUGGAUAAUGUAG